UUUCUUUUACUAAACAGCCCAAGCGCCUCGAAUAAAUAAUACUGAUUACCAUUUUCGAAGAAUAAUUGUUAAACAGGACGUCAACAAGCGGGCACAAUACUCAACGAAGACAUUCAAUUAUCGCAAUUAUUUAAGGCAAUACCUGGAUUUGUGUUGCGAAUUGUGAUUUUGAAAAACCGUCUUUUUACUACCGGUUGCGCUUUUAGUUUAUGUGAUUAUUUUAAUACGUCCAUUAUAGUUCACCGAAAUGGCUAUCACAGCAAAAAGGUGCGCUUGCAGAUUAGUUUUAGAACAACAGCACAAAUUUUUCAGGCAACUGGCCAGAAGCUGUUACCUCAAAGUGAAAGAAGAAUUUAAAAAUUUGGAUUAUGAAACGGAAAGCGAAUAUACCUUUAAAUACAGUGAUCUUCAAACAACCCUUUGUGAUCCCAGUCAACUUCGACAGAAACCGGAAGUGGCAGAUCUAAAAUUCGGACAUAUUUUCACCGAUCACAUGUUCAAGGUGUCUUAUCACAAAGAUUUGGGUGGAUGGCAAAAACCUCAUGUUGGACCUUUUGAAAACAUUGAGUUGCAUCCAGCAGCUAAAGUACUUCACUAUGCAAUCGAGCUUUUUGAAGGUAUGAAAGCAUACAGGGGUGCUGAUGGCAGAAUUCGCGUCUUCAGGCCGGACUUAAACAUGCACCGAAUGAAUAAUUCAGCCGAAAGUGCCGGCCUACCGACAUUCGAUGGCAACGAAUUGAUCAAAUGCAUAAAUCGAUUGAUUGUCGUCGAUCAAGAAUGGGUACCUCAUUAUGAAUCGUCUAGCCUCUACAUUCGUCCUACUUUGAUUGGAACUGAUGGAACGUUAGGAGUGAUGUCGUCCAACUCCGCCCUAUUAUACACAAUACUUUGUCCUGUGGGACAUUACUUUGGUGGUGCCGUCCGUCUUUUCGCUGAUCCAGCAUUUACCCGAGCAUGGCCAGGGGGUUGUGGGGACCGAAAGAUGGGGGCGAAUUACGGUCCUACGAUAAGAGUAAAUCAAAUGGCACAACGCCACGGUUGCCAACAAACGCUGUGGUUGUACGGGAAGGAACAACAAAUAACAGAAGCGGGGACCAUGAACAUAUUCUUGUUCUACGUCAAUGAACUGGGUGAGCGGGUCCUUGCCACUCCCCCGCUGAAUGGACUAAUUUUACCGGGAAUCAUCAGGCAGUCCGUAAUAGAGAUUUGCGAGGAAUGGGGUGACUUUAGGAUAGAAGAAAGACCAGUUACAAUGGAUGAAAUGAUUAAACUGGUCAGAAAAAACAGGUUACUGGAAAUGUUUGGAACCGGUACAGCUUGCACAAUAUGCCCUGUAGACUCUAUAUAUUACAAAGGACAACUUAUACGAAUUCCUACAGUGGAACAGAAACUACCUUUGUUUGUAAAAAUAAGGAAGAGGCUUCUGGCCAUCCAAUAUGGACACAUUGAACAUCCGUGGGCCGUGCCUAUAGAAUAAAGGUCGACAUUCAACGAUAGAUUUUUCUUAUUGUUUCAAUGUGAUAUAUGCAUUUUAAAUAUUCCACGUAAAAAAUACAGUAUGUACAAUGUUUAAUUAGGUAUGUCUUCAAAAAUUAAACACUGAUUGUGAAAUUCUUAAAUAGAAAUAAGUAAUAGUGAAGAAUUUAGACAGUCGAUAAUACCUUUAGUACAAAUUUUCUAUAUAUUUAUAAUAAAAAGAAAGAACGAUUAUAUUAUAAGACCUACAUGCCUAUUUGCAUGAAAUAUUUAUUAAAUACCAUUUCGUUGUACCUACAGGUUAAUUUAUAGAAACAAAAAAAAACACACUACUAAAUGAGUGUUGUACCUAUGUACAUAUGUAUUGUGAUUAAUUAGUGACGUUAGAAAGUCGAUUUUUAUUUAUUUUUAUCCCUUAUUUUAAAAUAAACAUUUCCACGAAA